CCGCCGCUGGGGAGACUGGAGCCCGGGCGCCCCACCCAGCACGUGACCCGCAGUUCCCUGCCUUAGCAACCGCCCGGCGCGGCGGCUGUCGCGGGGCCGGGGCUCUGCGCUCGCCAUGCCCCCGCGCGCGCUGGUGACGCUCCGGUUCGGCCCCUACCGGAGCUGCGGGGUGUUGGAGCACAGGCCCUUCCCCCUGCAGGGCCUGCAAGCUGUGUUGCAAGCAGAGGGUCACCAACUUAUUCUAGAAAAGAUACCAGAUUGGAAUAACGUAGAACUCAUAGUGAAUGGAGAGACUGUUUUCCAGUGCAACAUUAAUGACCUGGACUUUGGAGGUGAUGGCAAAUUGGAUCCACUAUGUGAAGAAGCCAGAAUAGCAGUGCUAAAUGCCUACUGAUUAACAUGCGCAUGUUCUCUCACACUGGUUUACUGUAGGCCAAGGGAUUAUAUUACAAUGGCAUCAGAAAUGCCAGGAUAAAGGUCGUUGUGUACAUUUUCACAUCUCUUAGUAUUUCUCUGCAUAAUUUAAUAAAAUAUGGUCAUGUCAAAUAAACAAGAAUGUAUUACCUUC